CUUCGAGUUCGGGGCUCAGCGGCGGCCACCUCCACGGUCGCUGGCGCAGAGCGGCUCAGGCGGACCGGACGGGGCGGGCGCCCGGCAGGCAGCGCAGUACCUUCCACCGCGCGCAGCCCGCCAGGGACCUUCCACGCGAGUCUGGGGUCGUGGCCGCGAGCCCAUUCUGCUCCCGUGAGACAGCACCGCUGGCUGCCUGGUGACCAUCCACGAAGAUGAGCGCCUGUGGGAGGAAAGCCCUGACCCUGCUGAGCAGUGUCUUUGCUGUCUGCGGCCUGGGCCUGCUGGGCAUCGCAGUCAGCACGGACUACUGGCUGUACCUGGAGGAAGGCAUCAUCCUUCCCCAGAACCAGAGCACAGAGGUCAAGAUGUCCCUGCACUCAGGCCUCUGGCGGGUCUGCUUCCUCGCUGGUGAGGAGCGAGGACGCUGUUUCACCAUAGAGUAUGUGAUGCCCAUGAACUCCCAGAUAACGUCAGAGUCCACAGUCAAUGUUCUAAAAAUGAUUCGCUCAGCCACCCCGUUCCCACUCGUCAGCCUCUUCUUCAUGUUCAUCGGGUUCAUCCUGAGCAACAUCGGGCACAUCCGUCCCCACCGGACCAUACUGGCCUUUGUCUCUGGCAUCUUCUUCAUCCUCUCAGGCCUCUCUCUUGUGGUGGGCCUGGUGCUGUACAUCUCCAGCAUCAAUGAUGAGAUGCUCAACAGAACCAAGGAUGCAGAGACCUAUUUCAACUACAAAUAUGGAUGGUCCUUUGCCUUUGCUGCUAUCUCCUUCCUUUUAACAGAGAGUGCUGGGGUAAUGUCUGUGUACCUGUUCAUGAAGAGGUAUACUGCCGAGGACAUGUACAGACCUCACCCAGGCUUCUACCGGCCACGCCUGAGCAACUGUUCUGAUUACUCUGGCCAGUUUUUACAUCCAGAUGCCUGGAUCCGGGGCCGCAGCCCCUCAGACAUCUCCAGCGAUGCCUCCCUACAGAUGAACAGCAACUACCCAGCUUUGCUCAAGUGCCCGGACUACGACCAGAUGUCAUCAUCUCCCUGCUGAGCCCUGGUCUCCUCCCCACCUGAACUUUGGAUGGCUGGACAGCCUUGCCCUUCCCCCUGAGCCAAGGCCCAGGCCAUUCCCUGCUUAGCCAUUGUUACUUGACCACAUCCUCUCCCUGCUCCCAGAGUAGCUCUUCCUUCAGUGGGUAUCAGAGCCUGGAGUCACAGGCAUGCUGAUUGGCUGAGGGCACGGGUGAAGUCCUGCCUCUCGAGUGCCAAUCGUAGCCAUGGGCCCCCAGGAAUCCAACAGCACCCCUUACUGUGCUGUGUCCGAAGAUGCCCAUGUUCUAGUUGUAUUUUAUUCCUGCACUUCCGGGUCAGCCAAGGCCAGGUUGGAGUUGCCGAGUUUCUGAUGAUAUAGACAAAGCCAGACUUGAACACUUGCCAACCAGCCUGGCUCUCCAUCCAUGAUCUAUGCUUGAGGCCAAAAGGUGAUUCUGCUCCAGUGGUCUGGCUGACUCAGAAACCUCAAGCAAACAGUUCCUUGUGAGACACUCUGCUUUUAAUGUCAUUGGCCUCCCUCCACAAAACACAGUCUCUGUGUGACACUGCCCCCAAGGCCCUGGACUUUCUGUCUUUCAUCCUUCCAGAAUGCAGCUGCCCUGGUCAGGGACUAAGGUAAGUACUCAGCGGUGCCAAUGAAGUCACAAAGGUGUUAACGGCUGAAGAUGUCUUAAUACACACGGCCCCUUGAUAAGGUAUUUCACAGGGGCUUUUGAUGCCUUAACCCAAAGAAGUGACCGAUGAUGAGAACUCCAGGAUUUGACGGUUCUGUGUUCAGAGCUCCAAGCACUGUGUCCCACCCUGGGGGCAUUGUCCCUGACUUCAAGGACCAUAUUUCCAUCCAAGGCUCUAAGAUCUAAUCAUGCAGACAGGUGUCUGUACCAACUAAGGACACUGUAGCUGCCAGCCAGGUUUGACGACACAGUGCAUUUUGAGCCCAAACAAGCCAGAUCCCAGAUGAUCCAGCUGCCUUGCCAAGGAUGCCUGUGAACAUUUGGGGGUUGCCAAUUUAAUCCUAAUAUGGGGAAGCAUCUGCUUCCCAGUUAUUUGACAUAUGUGGGCAAAUCACAUGCCUCCAGAAGGCAGACAAUGCGACAACCACUUUCCUGAUGGGGAAGCUGAGCUGGGCGGCUGCAAGUAGCUUCUGGGAAGUCCAUAAACCCCCCACAGUUCUCCAGGUGUCCGCCCAGCUUGACCGAGGUUCUUUCUGAGAGUUCUGAGUGGCGAGCCAAUGUGGCACUCUCUUUGCUGUGCAUUUUUGCUGUGCUCACUUUUGCCUCGCUCUCUUUAAGAUGCCAAAUGUCCCUGAUCACACAAAGUCACAGCGGGUAACUAGCAGACUCUGGCAAGUGGCACAGGAAACCACACAGCUGGGGCCUACAGAGGGGCACUGACUCAGUCAGCUUGCAAGAGGCCAUAAGUUCAAGAUCAAGUUGUCAGAGGACUGAUCUGUGGGACAUUUCCUCCACGUGUAGAGAUGGCCACCUUCUUGUUGUGUGCCCAUGUGCCUCUGAUACUUUGUUUUCUUUGGUACAUCCAAAUUACCUCUUGAAAGGACACCAGGGGCUGGGGGGAGUAUCUCAGUUGGUAGAGUGCUGAUCUAGCAUGCAUGAAGCCCUGCAUACAACCCCUAACCCUACAUAUUCCAGGUAUGGCGGCACACAUCUGUAAUCCUAACACUUAGGAUGUAGAGGGGUUGUUCAAGGUCACUGUCACCUACAUAGCUAGUUUGAGACCCAUGUAGAAAUAUAUUCACAUUCUGAGAACUGGAGAGUGUGGUCUAUUGGUGAAAUUAUUAAGGCCGCUCCACGUAGUUAAAAGGGAGGUUUAUUUUGUGGGGUAACUCACAAGUGAAGGGAUAGGUAGGAUGAAGGGUCUGGGAAAGGCAUGGCGCAGUCCAGCGGUGUUCUCUGGAGAACUCUGCUCGGUCUACCUCCAGCGUCCAGGGUCCAGGAACCAAGAGAGCGGCCCAUAAGGUCUUCAGGGCCCUCUCUUGGCCCCGCCUUGUAGGCGUGACAGUUACUGAAGCCUCAGUGGGGGUUGGAACUUCCAGAUCAAAGCUGGAAUGGCUACCCACUACAUCCGUCUGAGAGUACAAAUUUGGGAGAGGGCACAACUCAGCCCCUCACAUGCAGAUUGCUUCGUAACAGGUCGCCACACUGGUUUCCCAGCACAGGGGAAGGGAAGGAUGAGAGAAGCUGUUUUGUCUCUCAGCUCUGUCACUGACUCACUGCGAAUCCUCGGGCAACCCCUUCUAUUCUGAGAAGCUCAGCUGAAAUUGUUUCCAAGCCCACUCUCCACACCCACGCCCACACCUCUAAUGAUCUGGUCUACAUUGUUCUUGUCUGCCAAUUUCUGUAUCUGCCUGUGAACUGAGAGUGACGGGCAGGCCCCGGCUUCCCACACCGUUGGCGCCUCACAAUGAUCAUUUGCUUUUGUUGCUGUUUGCAAGAGUCCGUUUGGAGACUAAGUGGAAUUUUCAAACUGGACAAAUGUUUAGACAUGCUUGACUCCAAUUUUUGUCAAUGUUAUUAACACCCAAGAUGCACUUUUCUCUCUCUAAAACACUUUCUCUGUCACUGUGCCAGGCUUGGUUUUGUACACAUGGGGAAAAAAUAGAAUUUACUCCUAACUGCAAGCCGACUGUUGACCGUGGUAUUGUUAGAGUGGGCCAUCCCCAGCCUGAGACUGAGUUGUCAAGUCAAGGGGGGCAGGAGGUUCCCACCCUGGAACGGGCCAUGUGCGCUUCCCUAGCAAUGAGUCUGGGUCCCUUUCUUCUCCCAUGAAGGUAUGGGUGAAUGUAUCAACACCAUACCAAUAUGAUAAUUUCUUUUCCAUCCAUAAACUCAUCUCAGAAACUAUUCAUAGCCUUUCCUUGAUCAAAAGAUUUUUUAAUAACCCAACUCUUGCCAUCUCUUGGUUGUGCUUUCUAGAGUUGACUUUAUCCUUGGGUCAGCAGCAAGAUGAUCACAUAAAAUAUGAUCUGGAAGAUGCAGCAAUGCCAGCAGAGGUACAGGGGGUACCCCUUCUUUUAUCAUCCCUAGAGACAAAGACAGCAUCCCCAGAAGCAAACCCCGCAGACUCACCUCAUGUCUCCCUGGUCAUUUCUGGGUCACAUACCCAUUCCUGAACCACCCUUUGGCCAGAGAAAUAGGAUGAUUAUCUAUCAUCAUAGAUGGAAUUAUCCCCCAAAACUUAAGGUGACAGCGGCCAUGUCAUACUAUUUGAGGGGGUUAGCUGGGCCUCAGCAAGGUACCUCUUGCUCAGAGUCGCACAAGUAAUUAAACUUGAGCAAUGACUGUUAUUUCAAAGACUUUUUUGUUCACUUGUCUGGCCACUGGGGUCCACUGGCAGGCAGUAGUUGAGGUUAUUGGCUGGAACACCUGGGUACAGAUGGGAUUUCCUCACAGCCCAACAGUUGGGAGCUAAGAAGGACUAUCCCCAGAGCCAUACCUCUUGUUUUGGAGAAGCCUUGGAAGUGACUCAAAGUCACUUUUAUUGUCAUCAUCCAACCACCCAGAUUGAAGUGCAGGAACAUAGAUCCUGCAACUUGAGGGUUGAGAAGCCCAACUUCCACUGUAGGAAGAGAGUUGGCAUCUGCUUUAGUGACCACCUUGGAAAUGCAAGACAUCACUUCCUGAUUGGCUUUGCCGAUGUUCUUCCAGCCCCAAGAUCCAGAUGCUAUUCUGGGUAAGGGCUAUGUCUCUAACAAACUUCCAGAUUAUGUCAAGACCAUUGCACACUCUAGGGGUUCUAGAUAGUUUUAAUUUCCUCAGAGGGUUCUCACCUCAGGAUUAAGAACUUGGGCCUAGAUCUGAUGGAAUUUACCCUCAGGAAUAGAGAUAAAGCCACCUCCUCAUUAAUCCUACUGGGGAUUACUGGCUUCUUACAAAAUGCUAAAGGUCCCAGUACCAUCCUUGCUCCCUCCCAGCCUUCAGUGGCCUCACUUUCUCAGACAAGGCUGUGCCUUUGGGCAAGGUGUCAAGUUUAUGGGCUUAAGCCCAGUACUUUGGCUCCAGAGUCAUCCCUCAAGCUGGCGUCCAUUAGGAUGCACCAGCAGCUUGCCCUUGAGCACCAGGAUGGCAAGUGCUCAGCGUUCCAGAGCCAAGCUGCUAUUCUUCCUGUGGUCAUGGCCAAGAAUGGACACCCAGUCCUGAGGAAGGCCAACAGACCUUUGAGGUGACCUUGUAGUCUCAGACCUCCAACUGCAGAAGUUCUUCACUUGUUGGCUUUUGAAUAAUUCAUUUUGCACUCAUCCAUCAUUAAUUAACCAGGCUUGAGGGCUUUGGGGACCAUAAAGAGACCAUGUAUCACCAUGUUCAGAGUGAAUGCAACUUCAGUCAAAUUUUAUUUUAAAUCCACCCACACUCAUAUAUCUCCCACCCCAUUUCAGAUUCGGUACAACCUGUGUGAGAACACUCCAUAAUAUAUUGUUUUCAAAACUCAAGCACAUGGCCUAGAGAGAUGGUUCAGUGGUUAAGAGCAAUUGCUGCUCUUGCAGAGGACCUGGAUUUGGUACUCAGCACCCAUGUGUUGGCUCACACUGGUCUAUAAUUCAAGUUCCAGAGGAUCCAAUGUCCUGGUCUCCAUAGGCACUGCAUACAUGUGGUGUACUUACAUACAGACAGACAAAACACUCACUCAUAUAUACAUAAAAUAAAAAUAAGUAAAUCUUUAUUUUAAAAUCCCAAACACAGCAAAAAUUGUAAAAUCCCCUCAGAUUAAGUUGUCUUUUAUUAAGAAAAUGGUAGAGAUCAAGUGAGUAUCAUCUAUGAAAUCCACAGAAAGUCUAAAUGCCCUGAAUGUCAAGGUCAGUUCUCAGGCUUGACUUUACCCAAUAAAGAAUUUGCUGUUGUGAGCUCAAAUACGAGCUCUUGUGAAUGUCAGUUUAGACACCAUGACUUCAAUUUCAGCUCCCACAGGAGGGCAUCAUUCGACAUUACCAUCAGCACACAUUACAGCCUUCAUCAAAGUGUCUAGUUCCUAGCAGGUUUUUGUGAGUAUGACCACUGUUAAAGCUCUUUGCCCUAUGAAUGGAAGGAUUGUAAGACCUAAAGACGUUUCUAAACAGAUUCAGAAACAUGGUGGCUGGGGAGACAGCCUGAUCAAGGGUUGUCAAUCAAGCAUGAGGACCUGAGUUUGAUUCCCAGAACCCACAUAGAGGCACAUAUCUGUAAUUCCAGUACUGGGAGGCAGAGGUAGAAGGAUCCCUGGUGCUUGCUGGCCAGCCAAACAUUCUAGCUGCUGAGCCCAGGCUCAAUCAGAAUCCUCUCUCAAGAAAGUACAGUGGAGUCUAACUAAAGAAAACACUGGGCAUUGAGACCUCUGAUCUCCACAGGUGAAUGCACACACACGUGCACACUCUCUGGCACACACACACACAUGUGCACACACACAUGUGCACAUACAUUCUGGCAUACAUGUGCACACACACUCUGGUGUGCACACAACACUCUGGCAUGUGCACACACUCUUGCACACACACACGUGCACAUACUCUCUAGCACACACAUAUACACACACAUGCACAUACAUUCUUGCACACAUACAUGUGCACAUACACUCUGACAAACACAUGUGUGCACACUCUCUGGCACACACAUGCACAUUCUUGCACACAUACAUGUGCACGUGCACACACACACACACACACACAUACACACACGGAGGAGGUUAGAGAUUUACUCAGGGUUGGUAAUUGCAAUGCUCUGAAAGUUGUAUUUCAAGCCCAAGAAUUUGGCAUCUGCAAUUCUAAAUACUCAGCUUGGCAAACGUACCCUUUCCAUAAUCAGAGAGAGAGGGAAAGGCCUAAGUGGGAAGAACGGUGAUGCAGGGUUCCCUAAGAGCCUCCCAACGCCUCGACUGCCAUCUCUACUCAUGACGUCAACCCACACUGAAAAGGCUGCGUGCAAUUCGGGAUCUUCUGGGCUGAAGCUUACCCACUCUGCUCACCAACAACUGGAGGAAGACUAGUGUGUCAGCAGAUCCUCAGCUGGACAGGAGGGAGGAAUAUUUCCAUUCCUUCAAGAAAGCAUUUCUCAAAGCUCCAUGGGGGGGGGGGAGCGUGGUGACAGUGAACUCAGCCUGUCCACUCUAAGAUGUGAGAAGUGUUGUCUUGGGUCAUUCAGGCAAUUUCAGAGUUGGAUCCCUGCUCAUCUGGGUGAUGGGAAAUUCCCAAAGGGUUCCCAGGAAUCCUACAGGGAGAGAAGCUAUUUGGUAACUGGACACCCAGUCAUCAGAACGUGUCAGGGACUUUGCAGAGGUAGGAUGUCGCUGCCUGGUGACCAGAGUCCAGAAAAACAUCACCAGUUGUCCCUCUUGGGCCCUUCAAGUCUCUCUCAUUCAUUUUCUUCCUAUGGGGAUGAUCCUGUAGACCAGCUUCUCUCUUUGACCCAUCCCCGGAAUUUCUCCCUGCUUGCUCCCUUGGGAGAAUGCUUCAUGUUCUUGUGAAUGGAGUCUGGUUUGGGGCACAUCUGUAAUGCCAGUGCUGGGGAGACUGGGACAGAGACCAGGCCAGGAUACACAAGUUCCAGGCCAACCUGGACUACAUGAUGAGGUCCUGUCUCAAUAACCAUGAAGUUCAGUCAUGAGCUCUUUCCACCAUUGGAAGGAAAAAGAAAGAGAAGAGUUUUUUUAAAACUGAUUUGUAAGACCUGUAGUAAUGUAACCCCAUUACUACUCAUAAUCAUUACCUUAGUACUAAUACAUUAUUUUGGUUGUGGCUACCAUUUGCUUAUCACCUUCUAUAGGCAAUUCUAUCAUGGAGUAAUUAUCCUCCAUGGCUUCAUUUUAGUUAUUUACUCCCACAGCCAGUGCAGAAUCUGAGCUAAGCAUGCCUUCUAAAACACAGCACACACCCAUCAGUGGUCCACAGGAGACCUGGAUUUUAGUGUUUUGUUCGUUCCUUCCCAGCCACUGUCUGUGAGUGGUAUGCAAAUGUGUUUAAUAUACCCUGUUGAGUUACAUGCUUUUUAAGACAGGCACUCUGGUUUCUUUGCAUGUAGAUCUUCAUUUCCAUAAGUUAUGUUACUCAUCACAUAUCUGCUCUUCAUCCAGUAGGGAUUUGAUAAUGUUUUGUCUUGCUCCGUGACCCUAUGGUUCCCUAUCAAAUACUCCACAGUACACAACACGACCUUAUACCCAAGUCCUAGUGAAAAAUCUCAGUGACAGACACCAAAAUGGUAAAUCCAGAGGCCAGGGUGUUACAUAGCUCACCCCCAGGGUCUGACAUCAAUACCAUCAUCAGCAUCCUGCAGGGUCCAGGUUCACCUUGAAAAAAGUACUGGCUAAGUCACAGCCUCUGUCUCUCCCUGCAGACUCGAUGACCAAUCAUGUCUUUGGGAAAAACCAAGGAGUACUGAGUGAACUUUUUGUAACCAGACAGCCUCCUUGCCUCCAGAAUGAAAACUUGGGAGAGGGGAGCUGUUACUUUGUUUGUUUAUUGUUUGCACUUGGGAUUAAACUUAGGGCCUUGUACCUAACAAGCAAAUCUAUACCACUGAGCUACAUCUCCAUCCAGGCUCUCUGGUUUCUAAUCCCACAAACAGGGCUUAAGCACCCUCCUACCCACCUACCCCACCCAAACAGGGAAGAAUCCCUCCACCUCAGGAACACUGAUACUUUGACCUGGAAAUUCUCUGUAUGUAUGGCAGACUGUUUAGCAACGUCUCAAGCCGCCACGUGCCUGGAGCAUAUCCACCCUCUACUGUGGCAGCCCCAACCUCCCAAUGGUGCCAGCUCUCCGAGGCAGUGUCCCAGUCUAGAAGCACCUGGCCUUGCCUGCAUUCUCUCUGUGUCGAUCCAAUAGGCUGCAUUCUGUACCUGCAGCAAUCCCAUGCCAGGAGCAUUAGUCUGUCCAUCUUGUAGUGGAAGACACACAGGGAAACUAAAUGAUCUGCCUUAUCAAGAAGUACCUGGAACCCUCCAUCCUUCACAGAGCUCAUAGCUCACCAUAAAAGACCUACGAUCCUCUCUGGACAUCUGAGCUGCUGGGCAUGUCAGCCCUGUCACUUGGGUGCAGGAAACAAAGACAGUAGGGGUGAGGUGUUAAGGGUCAGCAUGAAGUGGAAUGUCCUUUAGUUGACCCUCAGAGUCCAAGAACUGAAGGUUAGAUUGGUGUGACACCAAAGCCUGAAGUCUGCAAGAAAUCUAUUAUUUUAAAAGUACUAGCCAGGAGGUGGUGGCACACACCUUUCGUCCCAGAACUUAGAAGGCAGAGGCAGGCAGAUCUCUGUGAGUUCGAGGCCAGCCUGAUCUACAAAGCGAGUUCCAGGACAGCUAGGGCUGUUACACAGAGAAACCCUAUCCUGAAAAAUCAAAUAAAUGAAAGUACUGUUUUAUAUAUCUUCAGAACCUGUCCAAAACUAGAAGAGAGGGGCCAUGGAGAGAGCAAGUCCCUGCCACACAAGCAUGGGGACCUGAGUUCACAUCCCCAGCACUCAAGAAAAAAAGCCAGGCAGAGUGGCAUACCUCUGCAACCCUAGUCUGGGGGAAGUGGGUCAGAGACAGGGGCAUCCUCAGCUCUCUCUGACCAGCCAAUCAGUGAGCAGAAGACACUCAAUCAACCUCUGGCCUCCACCUACACAUGCAUGUGCUCACAAACCUUCAUGCACACGUGUGCACAAGCAAACACACAUAGCACACAUAUACAAAAGGUAACUGGCAGCGAAGGAGGUGCAGUGGCGUCCCCUUUCCCCUCCUUCAGGCUCAACGAGGACCAACCACGUUCAACUCGAGAUUGUGCAGAAGUAAAUCUUUAGAAUCAGGUCAUGCCCUCUGCAGCUUGUUCGCUGUGUGUCUGUAAGAAAUGUGGGUUCUUUCAGUCUCACAAGGCCCAUGAUACACGGGAAACAGUGAAAAUAUUUCGGGGGGCAGUGCUGCAAAUGGGACCAACGCUUUGUGCAUGUGAGCCGCGUGACUUCUAAUUCACCAAAUACCCGCGUUACCGUUCGACUUGCUCAGGUAUUUAAAAUGUAUGUGUGACCGCAUCUUAGAGUAUGUGAGAUCCCACACUAUCUUCCCAUUACCAGAACCCAUUUCUUCUUGUCGCUGGGGUCAUUCUCCUUAUCCUCUGUCUGUCUGCCCACAGAGCACCCCACAGCGUGGAGUUUUGUGACUAGAUCCCUAGGCUGAUGCUGGUUUUGUUUUUCUGGUCCUUCUAGCUCCUGUGAAUUGAUAGGUGAGUCCAGACACUUUCUUGGACAUGGAUCCCAGUCCCAGUGCUUUUCCAUGGGGCCUGUGAUAUACACCUAGGAUAUUGUGGCCAUUGACAAGCGUAGCCCAGUUUCAUUCCGUAGUAACUUUAAAAUGGUGAUUUUUCUGAUACCAUUCUGUCUUUAUUUAUGAGGUGAAAGACUGUUGUCUGAGAAUCUAUCUAAACUCAGGCUUCUCUGUCUUGGUCCCCAUCCUGUUCGGUACCCACAUGUGUGGUCCCCAGCAGAGAGGCAUUUGAGCUGUCUCCAGUGACGUCUAGUAGUGACACUUUGCUGGCCCUCCCUCAGAAGCCGUUCUUCGACCUUGCCUUCAAUUCAUGAAUAUUCAUGCUCUUCCUCCCGGGCCUGUGCUCCUGGGACAUUAAACAACCACUUCCCGAGUUCUCCAAAAAUCUGCUCUGGCGGAAUGACUGUGGAAUAGUCGAUCCCUUGCCAAGAUAGAAGAGGCCAGGAGUGAGGCUAGCAGGCCAUUGAGAGGGAGACUGGGCCGGGUCAAGUUCCUCUCAUCCCAGGGUGACAGUGCCAUGAGCUAAGUCCCACUCUCACAGGGAGAAGAGCUUUGCCUGGGGCCACCACAGCUGUGAGUCACCAGCUCCCCAGCCCCAAACCCUCCAGAGAAAAUGCAAAUGGAUUCUGGUGACUGGGAACUAAAGCCACUUCUGUGUGGGAGAGGAUGUUAUAAUACCAGGCUGUCGCCAAAUUAACAUUGUUAAACAAAUGUGCAAAAAUAGCAGCCAUAAUUACCCCCGUACAGUAGCUCAGUCUGCAGCUUUCUGUGCACUUCUGUUCACCCCCUAAAUACAGGGCUGUCGCCAUUCCUUUUC